AUGGCGGACUACCUCGAGAUCAAGGGCGACGCAAGCGCGCCAGAUAACCUCGUCAGCCUCAACAACCUCACCGAAGACACCAUCAUGGACGCCUUGCGCGAACGGUACACGAACGAUGAGAUUUACACCUACGUCGGCGACAUCUUGCUCGCCAUCAACCCCAUGAAGCAACUGGCCAUCUACAACAAGAGCCACCAACAACGGUUCAGCGUGCAGAACGAGUCUGCAGAUUCAAAGCCACACAUCUUCGAUGUUGCUCGCCGCGUGUAUCAGAACAUGCACGUGUCGCGGCGCGGGCAGUGCUGUCUCAUCAGCGGUGAAAGUGGAGCCGGCAAAACCGAGACAACCAAGUACUUUCUCAACCAACUUCUGCGCUGUGAAGACGGCACGAACCAGCUUGAGGAGAUGAUUCUGCUGCUCAACCCCAUCUUUGAAGCAUUUGGCAACGCGCGCACCGUUCUCAACGACAACUCCUCUCGCUUCGGCAAAUUCCUCGAAGUGCUGUAUGACAACGAGGACAACCUGCAAGCCAUGCCUGUUGUUGGCGCCCAACUCUCAAAGUACCUCCUUGAGAAGUCUCGUGUGACAACACAAGCCCCUGGCGAGAGCAACUUCCACGUCUUCUACUACUUCCUCUCCGGUGUCUCUGACGAGCGCCGUGACGAACUCCACCUGAAGCCAGCUCACGAGUACAACUAUCUCAACCCAAAGCGCUCGGCCAGCGCCAGGAAAGGCGGCAACUUGGCAGCAGCCUCCAAGGGUGACAUGCCCGCCACGGUACUGUCAGAGAGCGGCGCGAAGAACUGUGCAGACCAGUUUGCCGAGGUGCUGAAUUGCCUGCAGGCAAUUGGCCUCACAGACGCCGAGCGCUGGGAGAUUCAACGCAUCCUCGCCGGUGUUCUCGAGCUCGGAAACCUCACGUUCACCAGCCAAGGGUCUGGCGAGGACGCUGAUGCUUUUGACGGCCACAUCCUUGAUCCUGCAAACCCGGAAUGCCUCGAAGCCGUUGCAGAUGUGCUCGGAAUCUCUGCGGAUGACUUGCACGAGACCAUCGUCACCACGUCCUUCACCACCGCCGGCGAAACAUUCACAAAGCCAAAGAGCAUGGUGGAAGCGUUUGAUAUUCGCGACGCCAUCGCCCGCGCGCUCUAUGACUCCCUGUUUGAGUACCUCGUCAAGCGGUCAAACCAACUCCUGCACACACGAGCAGCAGACAAAGAUACGUGCAGCAUCGGUGUGCUUGACAUCUUUGGUUUCGAAAGCUUCGCCGUGAACGGGUUUGAGCAGCUUUGCAUCAACGUCGCGAACGAACAGCUGCAGAACUUCUUCAACUCCCACAUCUUCAAGAUGGAAUUGGACGAGUACGACAAGGAGGGCGUCAAGGGUGCUGUCAUCAAGUAUAACGACAACACGCAGCAGGUGGAUUUGUUUCUCAAGAAGCCUGUUGGCCUUCUCCUCCUCCUCGAUGAAGCUUCCCGCUUUGCGCGUUCCACCGCUGCCUCUGUCAAGAACAAGUUUGACAGCCACUUCAAGGACCACCCGUUGUAUUCACCAGCAAAGAAGAACCCUGAAUGCUUCACAAUCGCACACUACGCGGGCAGCAUCACGUACAACAGUCAUGGCUUUCUUGAACGCAACCGCGACAGCCUGCCUGAUUCAGCACAGGAUGUGAUGGGCGAGAGUUCGCUCGCCCUCAUUCGCUCAUUCUUCAAGGGCGCUGGAACCAGCUCUCGUGGUGCUGGUGGCGCAUCGCACAUUUCUCCUACGCGGGCCAACUUCAAGCACAAGAGCAAAGCCCGUUUCAGUCGCAAGCACAAGAGCCGGCGCGGGAGCCACGACCACAAGUCAAGCGGCAUGAAGGCGCUUAGCUUUGCGCGCAACCUCUUUUCGCGACGUGGCAAGUCUCGCAAGAGCAAGAAAGCCAGCCUGAAGCGCGUGCAAUCACGCAUGGCGCCAACGGUGGCUGCUGUCUUUCGCCAAUCUCUGGCGGUGCUAAUGACGAAGCUGAAUGCGCGGGUGCCAUACUUUAUUCGCUGCAUCAAACCAAACCGCGAGAAGAAGGCAGGCUUCUUCGACGCCAAAGCUGUUCGAGAGCAACUCACCUACACAGGUGUGAUGGAGACGACCAGCAUCCGCCAGUGCGGCUAUCCUGUUCGCUUGCCAUUCAAGACCUUCUUCAACAUGUACAAGGCGCUGGAUGGGUCAGCCACAGACGGAGAAGACGUCAAGUGCUACAAAACAGCGUGUCAGUCGUUGUUGCAGAGGGCGAACCUCAAGGACUGGGCCAUGGGCAACACCAAGGUCUUCUUGCGGUAUCACCACUCCGAUGAGCUCGCAGCCAAGCUUGGUGUUAUGAACAAACAUGCAGCACACUUGCAAGCAUGUGUGCGUGGCUUUUUGUCGCGUCGCAAACUGCCUGCGCUUCGCGAACAAGCGGAAGAGCGGAAGAAGAAAGCGGCAGAGGCAAACGCACGCGUGGGCGAGGAGGGAACCACGGUGUUCACGCCACGCGGUAGCUGCAUCUCUCUUCAUGUGGACGACGGUGAUAGUGGCAAUGGCGCCCGUCUCAUCAGCAACGGCAGCAACUUGUCGCUUCUCACCCAGAAGCUGGCUACGUCCGCGCGCACGCCAUCGCAGUCGUCCGACCUCACGUCGAAGAUGUCUCGCCACAAGCGUGGCUCCUCGAAGCGCGGGCGCCUGCACCACUCCAAGCGUCGCUCCAAGGUGACCCUUGUCAACGUGCGGCAGAGCGUGCGGUGCGCAUCGCGCCCAAUCAAGGCCAUCUGGCCACCCCGCCCCAUUGCGGAGGAGGAGGAGGAGGAGGCGAACGGGGGCGCGGGUGGGCAGCACAAGAAGAAGCCAACGCCUGCACUCGGCGCAUCUAUCCGCAACCUUGGAUCAGGCAAGUUCAAGGCAAACCGCGCCCUGCUCAUCAAGCGGCUGGAGGGCAGCACGGACACGGAGCCAUCUCGCUCGCCGCCAUCCGCGUCCUCCUCUGGUGCUGCCAGUCGACGCGCAACCGCAGAGGUGUCGCCCAGUGGCCACAAGGUGCGCGCACCAGAGGGCCUGGGCGCCCUCCUUGCCAGCCCGCAGCGCCAGGCACCCACGCGUGCUGCACAGAUGGACGUGCUGAGCCGCCUUCGAGCUGGGGCAGCAGCGGCGCGAUCAACACCCUCCAUCUCCGUCACAUCGGCACCGCCAACACCAACAACACCAACAACAUCCCUGCAAGCCCAUCAUCAACCGCAGCAGCAGCAGCAAGCGGCCGCCACACUCCGCGGCAUGACGGGGCGCACCAGCAGCACUGAUGAUAUUGACGACAACAACGACGACGAAGAGGAUGAGGAGGACAUGAUGGCGGAGACCACUCCACCGGCCGGCACCACCACCCGUACCACUCCUCCUGGCACGAGAUACCGCCGCUACAGCUGUCGCAGACAAAGGGCGUGCGGAUUCUGGCCUGGGAUUGGUUUCAGGAGCCUCAACCCCAGCACCACCACCGCCACCCCCGCCACCCCCAGCACCCACUGUACCAACAAUGGUUCCACCGCCACCACCGCCACCGCCACCGCCAUCAUCACAAUCAGCAGUCUCAUCGUCAACACCAUCAGCGCCCACACCGCCAGCAUCGUCAAGGGCGCCACCACCGCCGCCGCCACCGCCACCUCUUCCAUCCUCGUCUUCAACAUCAACCACUGCACCGCACCAUCGUGCCCGCAGCUCUCCUCUGCAGCGAGAGGAGCACGCCCCCUCCGGCGCCCGCACACCCCCGGCCAUGUCGUCCAGGGCAGGCAGCGGGGUCGUAUCUGCACCGUCGCCGCUCGCAAUGGCGGCCGCAACCGCUGCUGCCAAGACACAGGGCAUAACGGCUGCGUCGGCUGUCUUGGCAAGCAAGCUUCGGAUGCCUUCGCCCUCAUCGCAACCAUCGACGACCAUAUCACCACCACCUCCGCCGCCGCCGCCGCCACCACCUCCACAGCUUAGCACCAGCACCACGAGCGGUGUUCCGCCACCGCCGCCGCCUCCUCCUCCUCUGCCAUCAUCAACGACCAUGGCGCCACCACCGCCACCGCCACCGC